AUUUGUGACGUGCGAGAUAGUGAUUUAUCAUUUUUCUGUUUCUGAACGAAAAUAAAGAAGAACAAGUUGGAAACACACAAGUCCCACCCACCUCGCUCUUUUUCUCUCCUUUACUUCUCUGUCUCAUAACCGUCAUCACCCUCUCUCUCUCUCUCUCUCUCUCUCUCAUUUGCCCCUUCAAAUAUAUAUACGAAUUAUUGAUUGAUCGUGAUACGUGUUAUUGAACCUUGAAAGCAUAUUUGCUUCAAGGGUUCAAAGUUAUACCAUCAGCUUGAUCCUUUGAAUCUAUGGAACAGCUUGUCAACUUCAUCAUUCGUCCACCAAGAGCUGAAUAUGACCCCAAAAGUGAUUUAUUAGAGGAAGAGUUCUUGCUGAGAGGGAAGUGGUACCAACGAAAGGAUGUAGAGUUAAAAAACAGUCGGGGUGAUGUUCUUCAAUGCAGCCAUUACAUUCCUAUUGGCAGUGCUGAAGGAAAGCCUCUUCCUUGUGUAAUAUAUUGUCAUGGAAACAGUGGAUGUAGGGCUGAUGCCAGUGAAGCUGCUAUAAUUUUACUCCCUUCAAAUAUUACGGUGUUCACUCUGGAUUUCUCGGGAUCUGGACUUUCUGGAGGGGAGCAUGUCACUCUAGGCUGGAAUGAAAAGGAUGAUCUAACGGCUGUGGUGAACUAUCUGAGGAAUGAUGGAAAUGUCUCUUUAAUUGGCUUGUGGGGCCGCUCAAUGGGAGCUGUAACUUGCCUUAUGUAUGGAGCUGAGGAUCCUUCAAUUGCAGGGAUGGUUUUAGAUAGUCCCUUCUCUGAUUUGGUUGAUUUGAUGAUGGAACUUGUAGAUACAUAUAAAGUCCGUCUGCCAAAGUUCACUGUGAAGUUUGCAAUCCAGUACAUGCGAAGAACAAUCCAAAAGAAGGCAAAAUUUGACAUAGCAGACCUCAAUACUAUUAAGGUAGCAAAAUCUUGUUUUGUUCCAGCUCUAUUAGGGCAUGCCAUUGAUGAUGAUUUUAUACAGCCCCAUCACUCAGAUCGUAUAUUUGAGGCUUACAUGGGAGACAAAAACAUAAUUAAAUUUGAGGGAGAUCACAAUUCUCCACGUCCUCAGUUUUACUUUGAUUCCAUAAACAUAUUUUUUCACAAUGUUCUGCAACCUCCCGCGGAUGAGGUUGGCCAAUCAUUUUUUGACCCUGUGAAUGAUUACUUUGGUAAGAAUGCAUGGAGAUCUGGGCAUGAAUUAGGCUACAAAAAUGAAUCAUCAUCUAAAACCAAAGAAGCAGAACCAUCAACUAGCAGUACUGUAGAGGCUAUUGAGGAAGUCCGUUCAAGACGACCAAUGAGUAGGAUGGAGGUUCCAUCUGAUAUUUCUUCUAAAGAUGGACAGUGCGUAAAUGAGGAAGAGAAAUGUGGUGAUACAUCCCCAUCGUCUUCAUCCAUGAUAAGCUUUGAGUUGUCAAAUGGUCAUCCUUAUGAUCCCCAAGCACCCACCAUGUUGGAUGACAAUCAGUUUGUGGAAUAUCAACUUGAAGACCUUGCAGGUUUUCCAUCCAGUGCAGAGGAGGAAGAAAGAAUGUUAAUGGAAGCAGUAAUGAUGUCACUGAAGGACCUGGAAGUACAAAAUCCGAAGGCAGAACAACCACCAGCACCAGCCAGUAGUGUUGCUAAUGUAACUGUAGAGUCAUCAGAUAAAAGAUCUUCUUCUCUAGUCAUACAGAGUACAGAUUCAAAAUCUAUAACCAUUUCCACCUCAUCAGAAGAACCUGUACCGUUGAAAGCUGAGCCAAAUACCAUUGCAGCAAAAAGUUUGGUGUCUGAGCCAAGUCUAACUGGGGGAGCGCAACCGCUGUCACCCCAGGUCCACACAUUAUCGGUAACUGAGUCUAGCAGUACAAGUGGUUCAGGUCGCAGUGAUAGUUCUGCUAGUUUACAAAGUUCAUCAGAUGCUGACAUAUCACAUAAUACGAAAGCCACAGUAACUGUUGUUAAGAAUCCUACUGGCCAUGUCAUGGAUGGCUUAAUGCGUCGUUGGGAUUUCAAUUUUUUCAAAAAUAGUAACAACCGGUGAGACUGAGAGGUUCUCUUUUAUUCAUGGUUGGUUAUACUUGUUUUUGUAACUAAAGAAAGAAAAAGAAAAUCAUAGUUUGCAUCAAAGAAAAAUGAAACAUGAUGGGUAGCAAUUAUCUGAAAUAGUUUGCUCGUGUGUAAAUUUAGUAAUGCUCAUAUUCUCAUCUAACAAAUUAUCCAAUAUUCUUUGGCUGUAAGUGAGAAUUGUCAUAGUUUGCUUAGAUUUUGUGAAUUUAAAUAGGGUGUCAAUCUUUUUCCUGUAUUAUAGUUAACAAAGAUUCUGGGAUUUCUCA